GAUGUCUAACGCGGCACGACGAGUUUGUGGCCCAGAUUUCGGUGACAGCCAAUAGCGCCUCCCGCAGGUUCGUGGGUAGGUGCUUUUUUGACGAUGCCCCGAGAGGCGCGAGAGCCCUUUGGGACAGCACCGGCCGUAGAACCGCGUAUAACAGCCGUUUCGGAGGAACCUCUAGAUGCAAAUGAACGACUUCGUCGUCAGGUUCGCCGGUGAAGGUGGGCAGGGCGUCGUCACUUCGGCCGAAGGACUGGCCCAGGCGUCCACGCAGGUCGGGUAUCACGCGCUGACCUACGCGACCUUUCCCUCCCAAAUCCUCGGUGGUCCCACUUGGACCCAGGCCAGGAUUUGUACCGAAACCCCCUUCAGUUCCGGAGACCAGGUAGACGUACUGGUCGCGUUUAACGAGGAAGCCUACGAGACCCACGCCGAAGAGGUACGGGAAGGCGGCGUGAUCAUUUACAACGCCGACGACUUCACCAUGACCGACCCGCGCUCGUUUGGCCUGGCGGUUGAUACCCUGGCGCGCUCGACGGGCAACAACCGCGCCGCCAACAUGGUGGUUAUCGGUGCGCUGGCUCAGCUGGUGCACAUGCCCCAGGAAUACCUCGACGACUUCGUCGAGGCGCGGUUCCGAAGGGGACGGGAUAACGACGACGAAAUCAUCUCCUCGAACAUCGAGGCGAUGCGGCUGGGUCGUCAGAACGCGGCAGAAAGCGGCUUUGUGCUGGGUGACCUGGCGCCGCCAAACCCGCCGGACUACCAGCAACUCAUGCUCAAGGGCAACGAAGCGAUCGCUUUGGGCGCGACGCACGCGGGCGUCCAAUUCUACGCCGGAUACCCCAUCUCGCCGGCCACUACCAUCCUGCUCUGGAUGGAGCGCAACCUGGUUGGGGACGGCAAGUUCGCCUAUCAGGUCUCCUCGGAGAUCGAGGCAAUCACCGCAAUCCUGGGCGCAGGGUACGCGGGCAAGAAGGCCAUGACGGCGACGGCAGGUCCGGGAAUAUCGCUGAUGAGCGAGGGAUUGGGCCUAGCCUGGAUGGCAGAAAUUCCGCUGGUCGUGGUUGAUGUCCAGCGUGGCGGCCCGGCGACGGGACUGCCCACAAAGACCGAGCAGUCGGACUUGAUGGGAUGCCUGUUCCCAGCCCACGGCGACGUGCGGAUGCCCAUCAUCGCUCCCGGCUCGGUGGAGGAAUGCUUCUUCGGGGCAGUGCACGCGAUCAACUGGGCCGAACGAUACCAGGGUCCCGUGAUCCUCAUGAGCGAAAUGUCCAUGGCCGAGCGGGUGCAGAACAUCCCGCUGCCAGACCUCAGCAAGGUCCCAGUGGAAGACCGUCUGACCUACGAAGGCGGGAACGGUUACCACCGCUAUUCGGGGCACGAGUUGUCCCCCAUGCCGCUGCCCGGAGGGCCCGGGGCAUACAUCGCCAACGGCAGCGAGCACGACGAGAUGGGCGAUACCACGCACCUACCCAGCCGCCACAUUCAGAUGACCGAGCGCCGCUUCCGCAAGUUGAAGCUCCUGGAAGAAGACAACUACGAAAGCGACAACACGGGAGCCAAAAUCGCGCUCAUGCCUUGGGGAGGGUCCAAGGGCCCGGUACUCGAGGCGUACAACGCGUUGCGGGAAGAAGGAGUGGACAUCGCCUGGUAUUACACGAUGUUCCUGCACCCGAUCCCACCGAAACUACGUGACGAACUGCGCGCCAAGGAAUUGGUGAUCGUUCCUGAGCUCAAUUACCAGGGGCAGUGGGCCAACAUACUGCGGUUCCAUCAGGUCACGUCGACGCCGAUCACGCAGUACACCGGUCUGCCGUUCAAGGUGAGUGACCUGGUGACCAGGGUGAAAGAGAUCAUGGCAGCACAAAUGGAGGAAGCACGGGCAUGAGCAAGAAGAACCCGGAAUACGACUUCAAAUGGUGCCCCGGGUGCGGGGACUUCGGCGUGCGCCGCGCGCUGGAAUUUGCCAUGAUCAACCGGUUGGAAGAAACCGGCCUGCCCAUUGAAAACAACGUCGUGGUCGCUGGCAUCGGGUGCAGCGGGAACCUCGUCCACCUGCUAGAAGGUGAGCAGCCUUAUGGCAUCCACGGGAUCCAUGGGCGAACACUACCCGUUGCGAUGGGCGUCAAGAUGGCCCGCCCCGAGCUCAACGUGGUCAUUGUGGCGGGAGACGGCGACUUCCUGAGCAUCGGCGGCGAACACAUCGCCCCGCAAGCCGCUCGGAACGUGAACGUGACUGCGGUGAUCAUGGACAAUGGCGUGUACGGUCUCACCAAGGGCCAGAGCUCACCCACCACCGAGAUGGGCACCAUCACCAGCAGCACGCCUUUCGGCAAAAUCGAAGAGGAUCUGGACCCGCUGGAACUGUACCUGACGCUGGGCGUGUCGUUCAUUGCCUCGGGUUUCUCCGGACAACCGCGCGUGCUGGCCCAACUGAUCAACGAGGGCAUGAACCACGACGGUAUGGCGAUGAUCCACGUGCAAUCGCCCUGCGUUACCUACAACGAUACGUUCCAGUUGAUCAAGGGGAACGCCCGUGAGGGGAUCGCGCCGGCGAUGUGGGACAUUCCCGACGAACAUGAUCCCAGCAGCAAGCAGGCAGCCUACGAGUUGGUGCAACAGGGCGGCCUGCCCGUAGGCGUCAUUUUCAAGGACGAGUCGCGGCUAUCGCUUGAGGGGAACAUGGACACCAUACGGGCCAAAGCGCGCGAGCGUUCCGUGGAGCAGUUGAUGGCAGCCUACACGUUCUAG